AUGCCCCAACAUGAUUCUGGAAGCCAAAAAUCGCCUACGGCGGAACUUUCUGGCUCUUUACAAGGCUCGUUACAAGGCUCAUUAUUAGACAAAUACGACCGUUUUAGCUCAUCGAACAUGCAUCUUGGCAAGAUGAGCUCAAAAAUGAACAUCGAAAACAACACACUAACGAUAGGAGGCUCCAGUGGAGCCAGACGGUUGGGGAAACCUCAACUAAAACUCAACUCGAAUUUGGGGCGGAAUACAAAAUCAGCAUUGAAGUCCGAAAAAGUUGAACCAACAACAAUUUUGAGCCCUGGCAACAUCGAUGCGAGAGAUCCCGGACUGGAUGAACUUUCCGGCUUGCAAUUUGCAGCCGCUCGCAAACAAAAGCGAAAUUUUCAAAUGGAAUUGGUGCUACAUGAGCCGAGAUUUUCUGAAGAACCGAUUAUGUUCGACCUUGCAAGUAUACCUGGGAUAAAGGAAGGAGAUUUGGCAGAAUUGAAGACAUAUAGAGGCAAAAACAGUUCCAAGGGUAAAAAAAUCUAUUUUGUAGUUAAGGGCUUUGAGAAAGACUUGCGGAAAAGGUACAAGGACACUCAAAUUUCUGUGCUGUCCGGACCUUUGCAGCAUUUACUAGGGUUACCCACGAGGUCCAAAGUUUGGAUAAAAGCGAAAAGUAGAGAAGAAUGCCAGGCGGAUCUGGUUGAACUUCAUGUCAGAGAUUGUUUGGUGCACCGUGGCGAUAUGUGGAUAUUUUCGUCGGAGCUCGUUGGAGGCUGUGUUUACGUAGAGCAGAAACUUACAUUUGUGGAUAGCGUCAGAGCAACCGUGAAACAGAUAUAUCGUGAUGGGAAAAAAGUCUUAUCCGGCUACGUUGGAGACGAAACGAAGAUCGUAUACCGAUCAGAAUCAGCGCGGCUGGUUUUCCUUAUUCAAAUUACAGACGAGAUGUGGCACUUUGAGGAAAACGGUGACAUCUUCUUUUACAAAGUUGUCAAUGCUCUAUUCCCAACUAUUUUCAAGGAGUGGAAAAAUAUAGGCACUCAUCACACGAUCACCAUUGUCUUCUCCGCUUCUUUGGAUUUAUCAGAUGUUCCAUUCAUUGACGUACCAGAUGGUGAGAGGCGACCUAAUGAUGUGAAAGACUAUUACCGAAUUGUCGUCGAUCAAGUAAAUAUCGUUCAUUGGACUGAGAUCAUGAAGACUUUGAGAAGGGAGUUUUUCAAAAUUGCCAGGGAUCUGAAAACAUUCAAACGAGCGGACGGAGUUUCGAUGCUGCGAGGACGAUUCGCUCCAGCACCAAAAUCUAACAUUUUGGAAACCAUCUGCAUGGCGACUACGUUUUUGACAAAUCCAUUUCGGCAACCGGAUCUCAGAAGAACAGGUGCUCACGUCAUCAUCAUAAGUCCGGGAUCUUGUAUUUAUGAUGUUGACUAUGAAUUGUUAAAGGCCACAAGCAAGAAAAUUCAGUCUAUCGAAUUAUCUCUUGAUGUCAUUUGCUUGGGAAGACCGCCUCUGCAUGUCGUGCCUCUUUUGAGAUACCGAGAUCAUGACAAUAACCUGCGAUGUUGUGCUCCAUCCUGGAUAAAUGUGUCAUUCUGGCGGCACUCAUCUCAUUCUAAUGACUCUUGGUAUCCAAGAUGUAAGAUGCACGAUCUUCAGAUGAUGGGACUAACAGAGACUGAGAUGAAUGAAGAGAUUGCCAUCGACUACAUGAAAUUAGGGGACGAUGUUGGCUCAAUCGCUGAAUUAAUGAAGCAUUACGACUAUCGAGCUUUCACGGCUCACAGGGAUAUUCAGGAAGAAUAUGAACCACCCAUGACUUCAGAACUAAUGAUGGAAAAACGUCGUUCGAAACCUCCAAGACUUUCAAAGAUGGCAUCGAGGGCUGAGCUUGCUUGGAAUCCUCCAAAGUCAGCUUCCCCGUUGGUUGAGCCCACUGCCCACCUGCAAGUGUUUGGUGACCUCGCACACACGCUUCAUGCAGCGCCUUCGGUGAGUAUUCAAAGUAACCAGUUAAACUACCAGGAUCUUGACAAGAAAAACGAGACAAGUUCACGAGCUGUCAAUCAGCUCAAAAGUGUUACAAAGAGCGGCACUAUUGCUCAACGCAUCGCUUCAAGGUUCCGUCCUGACUUAGAGAACAAGUCAAAAAAGGACCUUAAAGCCUCACCCUCACAGAUUGCAGUGCCAUCUCUCAGCAACGUAAACGGGAGGCACGAUGACAGCGAGGACGAUACCAGUCUUAGUGCUGCUAGUCAUGUACCCACACUCAAGAAGAAUUUUUCCUCGUUACAGAGACCCAUGAAUAGGAAGGGAACCUUUGAUCUCGGACCUUCACCAGCUCAUUCCCUUCCAGGUUCUCCUUCUCACCCACCAAAUUCAUUUUCGAACAGAGCUUUUCAGCGCGCGUAUGUUGAAAGCUCAUUAGCAACUCUUUAUAGCUGGGUGCAGAUCGAAAAUCCUUCGAGGCCUAUGAGCUCAGAGAGAGCAGGUGCCUUGAUUACACCACAGUAUCGAGACGUUUAUCCGAAGUAUGUUGCGAAAAGAUACACGAAGUGGAGAUCACUAACAACUCCGGCAGAACUCCCCGUCACCAUAUCAAGUUUUCCGAUCAAAAGCGACUUCGAGCAGAACUUCACUUUUACCAAUCAUUCAGUAAUUUUGAAUUCAGAUCAAACGGUGGAAAACCAGACAGCUUACGACCUACUUAGGGACAUGAUAUAUGUCAGGCUCAUUGCAGGUUUCCAGAUCUGUAUAGGAUCUAGUGUGGAGAAGAUUGAAACAUCAAAAGGCAACGGGAGCGAAAGUCGAAAAGUUGCAAAAUAUCUCACACGAGAGAAUUACAUGAAUGUCAAACUUUACAUGAUGUUCGCAGAAGAAAUUCACAAAUUAAGCUGUGAUUUUGAUGGUACUAUAGAUGUCCAGAGGCAUAUUCGCAAAGAUUUUAUUGAUCAAUCAAACCGAAUACCUACAUACAAUCCACAAAUCAAAACUCGAUACGAGAAUUCUUACCGAGAUACUAUGACCGAUCCCCUGAAGUUGGAGAGAGAGAGAUUCAAUUGGAAUCAGCUGGACCAAAUGCUCGCAGGAUAUGACGACGCGGUUAUGGAGAAAAAUAAAAAGCAGUUCAGGUCGAAAUUCGUUGUUCUUCCGUCCGAUAUUUCCCCGAACACCUUCUCCUCCACCAUCAAUGGUCGGGCGGAGGUAUUGACAGCUGAAGAAAUCAGGCUGGAGGGAUUAAGGCGUCUCAUUACCACAAUUUACCGAUCGCGGUACAAAGGUGCGGACGAAGGUUCAGGAAGUCGUUCACGAAAAGAGGAAAUAGCGCCUGAGAUCCUUUUUUACACCGGCUCACUGUUCAGUUUUAUUGACGAGCAGACUGAAAUCCUUAAAAUGGCAGCACCGGCUAAAGGGGACAACAUGUUUCUUAAAGACAGCGAUGCGCUGUCAAAAGCUAUUGAUAUCUCAGAGCUCGCAUAUAAGAUGCAAUAUGCUAAGAAUCAUUUAAAGUUGGUGAACCGGAAAUGGCACUGGAAAAAGCAUCACAAUUGUUUUCUAGGUCUUGAGUUGGUCAACUGGUUAAUUGAGAGCUUCGUUGACAUUGACACUAGAGAUGACGCUGUUGCUUAUGGGCAAGACUUAAUGAAUCAGGGGUUGUUUGCCCAUGUCGAGAAUAGACAUGGUUUUCUGGAUGGGCAUUAUUUCUACCAAAUAACUUCAAAGUACGUCAAAACUUCAGAACCUAAAACUGCAGACGUCGACGAGGAGACAUCAGAGCUGGUAAAUGCGUACAAGAAACGCACAAGCAAGGAGAAUAGUUUCGGUGAUAGGGAAUCUAAGAACACUGAGGCGGCAGGAAGCGUUGCUGGAGCAGAAAACGACACUGAAAGCGAAAAAUCUGUUGUACUUCUGAGUAAUGUCAUUACCGUGAAUGCUGAUAUUGGAAGGAGAUCUUACAAGCCAGAAAUUUGCAAAGUUCACUAUGACAGGGUUCAUAAUCCUGAUCAUUGCUUCCAUAUCAGAUUGGAAUGGCUGACUGCAACUCCUAAAUUUAUUGACGAUCUCAUCAAUUCUUGGGCAAGACUCUGUAAACGGUACGGCCUCAAAUUGGUAGAGGUUCCGUGGAAUGAGCUGUGUACUAUCCCUCUGUCCAAUCCUUUUCACACGUUCGUGGACAUAACCCUGGCUAUUAAUCCGUGGGAAGACCCAGAUUUCAAAGAUGAACGUUUGAUUGAACAACGUCCCUUCUAUUACCACACCUACCUACUAGAGAAAAACGGAUUUUUCAUUGAUAAUCGAGCAACUAAUCUACUGCAAAGAAGUAUUGCGGGCCAUGAAGUUGUUUACUCUUGGGGGUUGCCAAAGUUUAAAUAUGCCCAGUACAUCCACUUCACUGGAGCGUACAUUGCAGAAAUAAGAGAAAACGGAAAUCUUUUUUUGGCGCCUAACAACAGACAUCUAUCAAGAGUUAAUGUUGAUUCUGUGAUGCUAAAGGCUAAGCAAAUUCCCCGUUUUGUGCUUGACUCGCAGAAAAUCAUGUUGGCUUUCAAGAAAACAUGUUUAGACUACGAUAAGCUUCACAAGCUUUUCGCUGAAGCCAAACGGGCAUGGCAAGAGGAAAGCGAUUUCGUCUAA